CUGAACGGUUCAAGAAAUAAACACGACGAAGAAGAAGAACUCUUCCGUACAGUCACAGUUUCUGUCAAACAGGCUGCCGAGGGAACUCUAGGGAAACUAUUUGGAAGCAAAAUGGCCAAACUGAAGGACAAAAGACGAGAGAAAGUCAGCGUCGCCACCGAGAUCGACCGGCUGGAGGAGCGGCGGGCCCGUUGCCAGGACAACCUGGAGAGAGCCGAGUUCAAGAGCCGGAAGGAGAAGAUGUCCGAGAAGGACAGACAAGAACUAGAAGAUGAAAUGGCGAUCAUGAAUGAGAGAGUGCAAAGGCUAGACAAGGAGCUGGAAACGUUAAGAGGCGAGAACCGGAGGAACAUGAUGCUGUCGGUCGCCCUGCUGGCUGUCAGCGCUCUCUUCUACUACAUAUUUUUCUACAGCGAAGAAGACUCAUGAUAGCAUCCAGGAUCUUAAAGGGACACACUAGUCUUAAGAGAGCCACCAGCUCAGGACAGUGUUGCUAUGAGGUCAAAUACACUUAAGCCAAAAAUGAUUCAUACCCCUGUCAAAUACAAGAAAAUUCUUAACUUUUUCAGUUACACAUCAGUAUUUUACCUCAGAUUUGAUAUAAAUAAGACACCCUAGAAAGCCUGAAGCUAUAACCGAUUUAUUUAAGACAGAAAGUGUAAAGAAACAUCUUCAACAGGGUGACAUUGUCCAAAACUAUUCAUACUGUCUCAAUAAUCAGUUGCAAACCCCUUGUUUUCGAUCACAGCCUCCAAAUGAUUUUUCUAAUUGCUCACAAGCUUCUUGCAAGUAUCUGCAGGAAUUUCUCCUUUGCAAAUGUUUCAAGAUCCUUGAGGUUGGAGGGUUUCCGUGCUGUCACUCGUUUCUUGAGCUCGAUCCAUCGGUUCUCGAUGGGGUUUAAAUCAGGACUCUGACUUCAUAACAUUAAUAUCUUGGUCCUGGAACCAUUUCUUCACCUUCUUGGCUGUCUGCUUCAGAUCGUUGUCCUGCUAAUAGGUCCAACGCUCCUCCAGCUUCAGGUUCUCUGCUGCCUGCUUGAGGUUUUCUUCCAGAAUCUUGAUAUAUUGCUCUUUCCUCAUCAUGAUGCUUCCACCUUCAUGUUUCACAGUAGAGACUGUGUUCUUUGGCUUGUAGGCUUCGCCCCUCUUUUGCCAGAUGAAAGCCACAUCUCUGUGCCCAAAAAGCUCAAUUUUUGUUUCAUCUGACCACAGAACAGAUGACCAGAAGAUUUGGUCUUUCUCUAGGUACAUCUUUGCAAAGGUCAGAGGAGCUUCUACAUGCUUUGGUUGAAGCAGGGAGAUCUUUCUUGGUCCAUAGAGACUAUUUUGGUGCAGAAUCCACUGGAGUGUCUGCCUUGAUAGAGUCACACUACUUCACUUAGUUCCUUCAGGACAGCCUUGGCAGUAGUCAUUGGAUUGUUUUCAACAUCUCACGUGAUCUUUCUGGAAAGUCGAGGUGACAUUACUGACUUCCGACCUUUGAGGUUUUUGAUUGUGUGAAAUUUUUGGUACUUCUUGAUGAUACUUUGCACCGUUGCCACUGGCACCUGAAAUUGUUUGGCAGUUUUUUAUGUACCCUUUUCCUUGUUUGUUGGUGUUUACAAUGCAGGCUCUCAAGUCCUCACUGAGCUCUUUGGUCUUUGCCAUGGCAAGUCUUGCAUUGACUUGAAAGUGACUGAAAUGUCACAAGCAAGUCGACUUUUAUGGUCAGAAAACUGGUUAAAAAACAAAAACUCAGAAACAUUGAAAACAAUAUUAAACACUUUAGACCCUUAGAGAGAAUGGUUUGUUGGAACAUCCUACGACUAUCUGUCUUGGUAUCACCGAGGUAUGAAUAAUUUUGGAGUUUAAUUUAACACCUUCAACAGUGUUACUUCACACAACAUAAUUGGUCAUGGUCCCAGACUUGCCUGCAUGUCUUGUUUUUGUCAAAUCUGAGGUGAAACACUGAUGUGUAACUGAAAAAAAUAUUAAACUCCUUUCAUGUGAUAAGGGUGUGAAUAAUUUUGGGCUUAAGUGUUUGAGGCCAUGAUUGUGGCCACAAGGAUGAAACAUGAACAAGAGCCAGAGUUGUGUUGAUGAAAUACCUCCGUACUGCCUUCAGAUGGCGCCGUUGCAGUUUCUACGUCUCUGCGGGUCAUCAAACUGGGUUCAUCCUGCAGUCCCAACCCAGCACAGCUUCAUUUAGUGCACAUCUGCAGCAACAUGGAUGCAAAGUUUUAAGUUACAGACUUUGUUUUUGUCAACACAGUGUCAGUCUGUGUUUCUGAAGUGGAAUAAUCGCAAAUGCAUGCAGUAACUAAUGCACAGUGAACAUCUGCACACCAGUGCAUGCAGCUCAGUGCAUUUUCUAAUACAUAUGAGGUUAUACUGAGGAGAAGGAGUGAGCAUGUUGUUUAUUUCCCUCAGCUCGUGUACAGUUUUUGGUCUACCUGCCGUAUAAAGAUGUUAUUGCAGACUGACAUUCAACCAAAAAAAGCAACUGAAUAUAAACUUUGCCUUAUGUGAUAUUGCUGUAAAUACUGAAGAGAUGCUUGAUGAAAUGCUGCUUUUCAGUCAUGAAUGAUUAUGUGGGAUAACACAUGCUGCAUGACAUUUGUGCAGUUUGAUGAAGGAACACAUUUGAUACAUUUGGGAGUCUUACUCAAAGAACUUGAAGAAUGUAUUUUUAAUUUUUUUGUUUUAACUCAUGCUGACAUAUAACUAAUUCCUACCAAGAGUUUGAACAUGAAAUGUCUUUUUAAGGCAAAUUUUAAUUUAAAAAAAGUUUCAGUAUUGGGUUUUGCCCUUGUAAAUGACCUGUUACUUGGGCAUUUAUGUAUGUGUGUUAUUUUUUUCAUGAAUAUAUUAAAUGCUUUGUUGCCAUGUUGGAAGAA